AUGUAUGAGGUUGAAGAAAUUGAAGAGCACCUUGCUCCUAUAUCAGGCGUCGGUAUAAACUCGAUUUCGGAUGAAUCCGAUUUUGCUGACGAUUUGUCCGUUGAAAUUACCUCUAAUGUCGAUGAAAAUGAAAAUGAAUUGAUCAAGUGGACUAAUUAUCUACAACUGAACUCGGACAGCGACGAAGAUAACGAUCAAGAUUACCCAUCGAUUCAAUCUGCUACCCUUCUUCAGUGUUCAUCAUUGGAAGCAUCCAGUGAUAACGAAAACAUCUCGCAAUCGUCUCCUCAACUUGAAUCUACUAAUAAUCAAAACCAUAUCGAUAUCAUGCCUACUUCAUCAUCAACAAUCGUCAAGAAGCAUAAGCUGGUGUUUUGA